CUUGACUUCACGCUCUCGACAAACGGACGGCGCCGCGUCCCCCCUCGUUAUCGUUGUCUUUGAACUCAAAACGCUACUGUCGCUUAUCUCUCUGCAAGCACUUUUGACACCAUGGGACGUCUAGCCGAGAUGCAGCGCAAGCUGCUUGAACAAAUGAUGGGCCCUGAGGCCAUGGGCACCGCGAACGCGAAUCUCACCUGGAAGGACGAGAAAGUCUGCCGCAACUUCCUUUGUGGGACCUGCCCUCACACCUUGUUCACGAACACAAAAAUGGACCUUGGCGCAUGCCCCAAGUCCCACACCGAGCGCCUCAAGACCGAGUUCCUCGAGGCCCGGAACAAGGACCCCUCCGACCCGAUAUUCCAGCGCUUCCAAAUGGAGUACGAGUCUAACAUCUUUGCGUUCGUGGACGAGUGUGAUCGUCGUAUUCGGGCGGCCCAUCGCCGCCUGGAGAAGACGCCCGAGGAGAAUGCAAAGACUACCAAUUUGAUGCGCGAGAUUGCCGAAAUCGAGCUUGCCAUCCAGGGUGGCACAGAAAAGAUCGAGUCGCUUGGAGAGCAGGGCAAGGUCGACGAGUCGAUGCAGGAGAUGGCAGCCGUUGAGGCUUUGAAGAACGAGAAGUCGGAGAAGGAGCGCGAAUUGCAGCAGCUGACGGACACGUCUGGCGCCUCAGGCCACCAGAAGCUCCGUGUGUGUGACGUGUGCGGCGCGUACCUUUCCGUGCUCGACUCCGAUCGUCGCCUGGCAGACCAUUUCGGCGGCAAGAUGCACUUGGGUUAUCACGAGCUUCGCAAGAUGCUGCAAACGUUCAAGGAGGAACGCGAGAAGCGCAAGGUGAGCGCACCGCCAGCAGCAACGCCCGGGGGCGGGCCUCCGCGAGGAGGCGACCGGGACUACCGCCGGGACGAGUAUCGUGACCGGGAUCGCGGCUACGACCGUCAUUCAUCUCGGUAUGACAGUGAUAGGCGACGCGAUCGCGAGCGGUCCAGGAGUCCGCGGAGGCGGUACUAAGAUAUGCAGCAGCAGGCAGCUGUACAUAUGGUUUCUCUGUGCCUUGUAGCUAUAAUAUUCGUCGUAGUGUAUAAUGUUCAAUCGUCCCGCGUCAGCAGAC